CUCCGUACGAAGGCUGCCGAGAGACUGUCUUUUGGGGGUUGCCGUUUUGUAGCCUGUUCAUUUUUAUUUUUGACCAACUUCACCCUUUCGGGGUGUGUUGCUUUUAGAAAGAGAUUUUGCCGAGCAAGAAUUUCUUCUCCAAAAAAGGGAUAACUUGUAUUGAGACGUGGAAGAAAACGGGAUUGGCUCGGAAGCAGAUGUUCGAAUAGAGAACUUGGCGUAAAGAAGAUGCACAGACCGAUUUAUUUAUUUAUUUAUUUUUCCUGAAUGAGGACUAUAUAACGGAAGCUGGAUUCACACGGAGAUCCGAGGAAGCCAUCAAGUGAUAAACUACUUUUUCAGGAAAAGGCUGAGACAGUAAUUUGAUCUGUGAUACCUUCAUAGCUGCUUGUUGUGUUCAAAGAUUUUUUGCUAACACCAUUUCUGUCUAGCGCGUUUCUUGCCGGAGCAAUCGCAGCAGCCGCUUGAUGGAGGAAAAAUGAAAGCUCCGCAUUGCUUAAGAUAGUAGUGGAAAUGGAGCUGACUGCGUUUUUUUUUUUUUGUCAUUUGCGAAAUCUGGAUUAAACAAGCCUUAGUUUAAUAGCAAGAGUCUUCUGAUUGUCCUUUGUGGUCUGACUCAUCGCAUGUAAAUGUACUGCAGCUUCACUGUUAAUGCAGGCCUUUUUUUUUUCGUAGAAAGAAUUGUCAACCUCCGAGCCUAAUGUUUUGAAUUUGUGCCGAACAGUAGAUGCAUUUUGUGGGGGGGGGACAGUACAUCCAUUGAGAGCAGUAAAACAGAAAAAUGAAGAAUGAGUAGAAAUGGAAGCAUAGAACAGUGGGAUUUUAUUUUAUUAUUUGCAUUCUCAAGAAAGCCAGCUCCUGCUAACUGGAUUGACCUUGUGGGACUAGGUAUAGCUGAGAUCCUCCUCUCUGUCGAGCAGUUGUUCUUCAAUUCAGCCGAUAUAGAAUAUGUCAUGUCAACCAAAACAAUAACUUUUCUGUGCUGUUAAAAUUAUGCUGUAACGAAAGUGAUUAUUAAUGAAGCAGCAUUUUUUUUGUAGGGGGAAAUAAUUCAGAUUAUCUCUUAAAAUGUUUUUGGUGGAUAAAAAUGAAAUUAGUAAAGGUGUUUAAGGAAAACUUAUUCCAGUAGGAUAAAGGAAUUUGCAUAUUUUGGAGGUCUCAAAGCUAACCGAUUGUAGUAGGUACAGUAGAAGGAGCUGGAGUGUACUUUUAAAUGCCAGUUGCAGUGUUCACAGAGAAUGUUUGCAACUGUGUUCAGAAGAGGAGGAAAACCUACUUGUGCUCUCCCCACUGUGACUAUUAAUAUAUUGCUUGGAAUAUAGGGUUUCAAACGAUCAAAUGAGUCGUGUGUGUAUUGUUGUUUUGGAGGAGGUGGAAGAUGAUUCUCCAGAAUUUAUUUCUAAGUUACCUCAGGAAAAUAUAUCCCUACGUUCUCCACCUUCUGGAAAUAUAUUGCCACCACUGGUUCAAGCUAUAUUUAAUGGGGACCCUGAUGAAGUUCGGGCUCUGAUAUUUAAGAAAGAAGAUGUUAACUUCCAGGAUAAUGAAAAAAGGACCCCCUUACAUGCUGCUGCUUAUCUUGGUGAUGCAGAAAUUAUUGAACUACUUAUUUUAUCAGGAGCUAGAGUUAAUGCCAAAGACAGCAAAUGGUUGACUCCUUUACACAGAGCUGUUGCAUCUUGUAGUGAGGAAGCUGUUCAGGUAUUAUUGAAACAUUCAGCAGAUGUUAAUGCCCGGGAUAAGAAUUGGCAGAAUCCUCUGCAUAUAGCUGCUGCCAACAAAGCAGUGAAGUGUGCUGAAGCUUUGGUACCUCUCCUAAGUAACGUAAAUGUGUCUGAUCGUGCUGGAAGAACCGCACUGCAUCACGCAUCCUUCAGCGGACAUGUUGAGAUGGUCAAGUUGCUCUUAUCUAGAGGCGCCAAUAUUAAUGCAUUUGACAAGAAAGACAGACGCGCUAUACAUUGGGCAUCAUAUAUGGGUCAUAUUGAAGUUGUGAAAUUACUUGUGGCCAAUGGAGCCGAAGUAACCUGCAAGGACAAGAAGUCUUACACACCUCUCCAUGCUGCAGCUUCUAGUGGGAUGAUCAGUGUCGUCAAGUAUCUUCUGGAUCUUGGAGUUGACAUAAAUGAACCAAAUGCCUAUGGGAAUACAGCUCUUCAUGUAGCUUGCUACAAUGGACAAGAUGUUGUAGUGAGUGAACUCAUAGACUGUGGUGCUAAUGUAAAUCAGAUGAAUGAAAAAGGGUUUACUCCCUUGCACUUUGCUGCGGCAUCAACACAUGGAGCAUUGUGUUUAGAACUUCUAGUUGGUAAUGGAGCUGAUGUGAAUAUGAAGAGCAAAGAUGGGAAAACACCAUUACACAUGACAGCGAUUCACGGUAGAUUCUCAAGAUCACAAACCAUUAUCCAGAGUGGAGCUGAAAUAGAUUCUGAAGACAAGAAUGGUAAUACGCCUUUGCACAUAGCUGCUCGAUACGGCCAUGAACUACUUAUCAACACUCUAAUUUCAAGUGGUGCCGACACUGCAAAGCGGGGUAUACAUGGCAUGUUCCCACUCCAUCUGGCAGCACUUAGUGGCUUUUCGGAUUGCUGUAGGAAACUGCUUUCUUCAGGAUUCGACAUAGAUACUCCAGAUGAUUUUGGUAGGACCUGCCUUCAUGCGGCUGCAGCUGGAGGGAAUUUGGAGUGCCUAAAUCUUCUCCUGAAUACUGGUGCGGACUUCAAUAAAAAGGACAAAUUUGGGAGAACUCCGUUACACUAUGCUGCUGCCAACUGUAAUUACCAGUGCCUGUUUGCUCUUGUGGGGUCUGGAGCGAGUGUGAAUGACCUCGACGAGAGAGGCUGUACACCGCUGCAUUACGCAGCUGCGUCCGACACAGAUGGCAAGUGCCUGGAAUAUUUGUUAAGAAAUGAUGCAAAUCCAGGGAUCCGUGAUAAGCAAGGAUACAAUACAGUUCAUUAUUCCGCCGCCUAUGGUCACCGCUUAUGUCUUGAACUGAUUGCAAGUGAAACUCCUCUAGAUGUUCUAAUGGAAACCUCGGGUACAGAUAUGCUGAACGAUUCAGAAAACAGAGCACCAAUAAGCCCAUUGCAUUUGGCUGCCUAUCAUGGUCACCAUCAAGCAUUGGAAGUAUUGGUGCAGUCCUUGUUGGAUCUUGAUGUGAGGAAUAAUAACGGAAGGACUCCUCUGGAUCUUGCAGCUUUUAAGGGACACGUUGAAUGUGUGGAUGUACUCAUUAAUCAGGGAGCAUCAAUCUUGGUCAAAGAUUAUGUUGUGAAAAGAACACCAAUACAUGCUGCAGCGACAAAUGGUCAUUCAGAGUGCUUACGGCUAUUAAUUGGAAAUGCAGAACCACAGAAUGCAGUGGACAUUCAAGAUGGAAAUGGACAGACUCCUUUGAUGCUGUCUGUUUUAAAUGGGCACACAGAUUGUGUCUAUUCACUACUGAAUAAAGGAGCAAACGUGGAUGCCAAAGAUAAGUGGGGAAGGACUGCAUUACAUAGAGGGGCAGUUACAGGACAUGAAGAGUGUGUAGAUGCGUUGCUUCAACACGGUGCUAAGUCUUUACUAAAGGACAGUAGGGGUCGGACACCCAUACACUUGUCUGCGGCUUGUGGCCAUAUCGGUGUUCUUGGUGCCCUCUUACAGUCAGCAGCAUCUAUGGAUGCCAUCCCUACCGUAGCAGACAAUCAUGGAUAUACAUCACUUCACUGGGCCUGCUACAACGGUCACGAGACCUGUGUAGAACUUCUGCUAGAACAGGAAGUCUUCCAGAAAAUGGAAGGAAAUUCUUUCAGCCCAUUGCAUUGUGCUGUGAUAAAUGACAAUGAAAGUGCUGCUGAAAUGCUAAUUGAUUCAUUGGGCAACAGCAUUGUGAAUUCAACAGAUACAAAAGGAAGAACUCCUCUUCAUGCAGCUGCCUUUACAGACCAUGUAGAGUGUUUACAGCUUCUUCUCACUCAUAAUGCUCAAGUAAAUUGUGUAGAUUCUUCUGGGAAAACACCUCUAAUGAUGGCUGCGGAAAACGGACAAACAAAUACAGUUGAGAUGCUAGUUAGCAGCGCUAAUGCAGAUCUGACGUUGCAAGAUAACAGUAAAAACACAGCCCUCCAUUUGGCUUGCAGCAAGGGUCAUGAAACUAGUGCCUUGUUAAUCCUGGAGAAGAUAACAGAUAGAAACCUCAUCAAUGCAACUAAUGCAGCCUUGCAAACACCUCUGCACGUUGCUGCCCGAAAUGGACUUACAGUGGUAGUUCAAGAACUCUUGGGGAAAGGAGCAAGUGUGCUUGCUGUAGAUGAAAAUGGGUACACUCCAGCUUUGGCUUGUGCACCCAAUAAGGAUGUUGCUGAUUGCCUCGCUCUCAUUUUGGCCACCAUGAUGCCUGUUUCAUCAAGCAGCACAAUACCAUCCUUAACGUUUAAUGCCAUUAAUCAUUACACUAACACCUCAAAAACUGUCACCUUUGACUCCUUGCCAAUCAUGCGGAGUGAGCACAGCUCUUAUUGCAGUUUCAACAACAUUGGCAGGGAAGAUGGAUACCCUUACCCAGAAGAGGAUGAACUCAAUGACUCUGAUUCUGAAACCUACUGAAAGGCUUCUUUGGAUGGCUGAAGAGUGAUUCCAAGCACCGAAGAUCAGAACUGUGUGCUUUCUUAGGAGGGAAAAGCAGUCAUGGUUCAAAUACAAAACUGGCUUAAGAGAAAAGCUGUAAAUGUGGGUGAGUGUGACAGAUUCAUGUGGUAACAUUAGAAGGAGGAUUUAAAGGGAGCAUAGAUUCACCGCGGCAAGCACAACGGAGCAAAAUUCUGCCUUGUCUAGCCGUAAAUUACCAUUUUCUUUUGAAGGGCCAGGUGUGAUUUCAGGACACUGGGCACCCUAGUCUGCAGAGAUAAGCAACACUAUUAUUACAUGAAAAGGGGACACUAGAUCAAAAUCCUAUGAAUAGAACCAUAAAUUUGAAGGCAAUAAUUGAGUUUGGUACAGUAGGCAUUGUGUGCACAGCAAAUUGCCAAAGGACCAAAUAACUUAAAGGUUUUUUUAAUGAUUACCUUUUUGGGGAAACUGGAAUAGGGUCAAUGAAAAGUUGAAAAAAAAACAAACAAACUUUACUAUAUCUGGAAAUGAAGCUUAGAUUUGGUUUUAAAUGUUGGGUUUUUUUUUUAAAUCAGACAGACUUCCGACACUGUAUUAAAUGUACCAUGAGAGAGAGCAGAUGUAUUUUUCAGUUUUGUUUUUUCUUUUAAAUGAAAAGAAAAAGAAUUUGUCAUACUUUUAUAUUGUUGAAAUUGAAAACCAGCUAACUGGAUGCAGUCAGGGUGAUUCAUGUACAGUGUAUAAACAAGGGGAGGGGUGGGGUGGGGGGGGUGGACAAUUAUUAUUAUUGCACAGUUUCAGAUUUUUAACUUUUAGGUUUUUAAAUUGAGCUAUUUUUAUUUACGACAUUGGGGAAUUUACCGGGAGCGUGAAACUUGAGUGAAAUUGCAAAAUUGUUUCCUGACACCCUGUUGCAACUGUGUGGCCCUGGAGAAAUGGACUUUUCCACAAGUUCACCCAUGUCUUCACAUCGUUCAGGUGUGUCAUGGAGAUCUGGGGCCUCUAUAGUAUCUUUUUUAAAUUGUGAAGUUGGGAGUGGGGAAAGGAAUGAAGAAUUGAAAGAAGAAGCAAUCUCUGUAUCCAUUGUACAUGUGGAGUCUUUUUGAAAGAAAGAUCUGUGUUACAGAACAUUGGAAAGCGAACAAAAGAUGCAGGUCCUGUUCAGACUUGGGGAAUUAUUUAUGACGGGCCACUAUGCUGGGAAAAGCAAUUGCCUGAAGAAUAGUAGACUGUCUCACAAAUAACAAAAAUAAGCUGGUUUGUCUGUUAAGUAUAACUAUUUACUUUAUUUGGUUCUGCUUUUUAACCAUAACUGUUACUGUUUCAAGUGAAAUGGCUCACACACACACACACACACGCAAGGUAUUCUUGCAAGGCCGGGUAAAAUAUAAGUAAAAUUGCAGCCAAUCGAGUCCCAAUUUUAUUUUAUCCUUUUUGUAUUGUGAAACUGGAAACCUUAAUGACAUUGUAAAUUAUCAGCUGGUUUUCUGAACAUAAAGUGUGAAAACACAAAACAGUAUUUUGAUCUAUUUGAUAAUUUUGUGGGUUUUUUGAAAAUUAAUGAGCAUGUACAUAGAAAUAGUGACUGCUUGAAUACUGUAUUUACUUGCACUCUUUCAGUACAUCAAGAUUCCUGUAUAUUUUACGGAGUAUAAUAAAACCCAGAUGUGAGUUGUAUUUAAUGAAUAAUGUAUUUGUAUCUGUAUCUUACCUGAAAACUAUAAAGAAUUUCAGUUUUUUCUGGGA